GGAAGAAGAAUAGGAAGACGUCACGGGAAGUCGCGACCUGCAUCCAGGAAGUAGGAAGCUCAGGUGUAAUGGUCGUUUGUUUUUUUGGAUAUAGCCAGUGAGCAAACGUCAAAUUGUAUUAAGUAAUGGGGCUUUUUGGGAAAACGAAUGAAAGACCACCCAAAGAUCUGGUCAAUGAGUGGUCGCUCAAAAUUAGGAAGGAGAUGCGUGUGAUUGAUAGGCAGAUUCGAGACAUCCAGAGGGAAGAGGAGAAGGUGAAACGCUCUAUCAAAGAGGCUGCCAGAAAGGGGCAGAAGGAUGUCUGUGUGAUCCUGGCCAAGGAGAUGAUCCACUCCAAGAAGGCAGUGGGCAAGCUGUACGCUUCCAAAGCCCAAAUGAACUCUGUGCUGCUGAGCAUGAAGAACCAGCUUUCUGUGCUGCGUGUCUCCGGAGCCCUACAGAGGAGCACGGAGGUGAUGAAGGCCAUGCAGAAUUUGGUGAAGGUCCCUGAGAUCCAGGCCACCAUGAGGGAGCUAUCGAAGGAAAUGAUGAAGGCUGGCAUGAUCGAGGAGAUGUUGGAGGACACGUUUGAGAGCAUGGACGACGAGGAGGAGAUGGAGGAGAUGGCGGAGGCCGAAGUCGACAGGAUCCUCUUCGAGAUCACAGCAGGAGCCCUUGGCAAGGCCCCCAGCAACGUGACCGAACCGCUGCCUGAACCCGAGCCCGUGGGGGCAACGGCAGCCUCAGAAGAAGAGCCAGAAGAGGACCUGGAGGAGAUGCAGUCCAGACUGGCAGCGCUGCGAAGCUAAGGGGCCCACGCCGGCCCUCUCGUGUACAGGAACCCCUUCUGGGUUCGCGACCCGCCAUCAAUCCAGUUUUAUAUAUCGCACCUUCAUGUGACAACUUUGCAGAACACUAGACUGACAGAUGAGACUCCGCCCUGCAGUGUGAUACUAUCUGUCCGCGUAUCUCUGUAUCGUCGCGGCCUUUUGAAAGCCCUGCUGAAUCAGGCUGCAUGCACACUGCUGGCCCGUCCCAUAUCCUAAGUACGCGUGCGGCUCCUUUCCCAAAACACCUAACCUUUAACGCUAUGUCAGCCUACAUAUGACUAAGAAUAAAAUGUUCUUUUUUCAGA